CCUCUGGGUUCAGCUACUGGUGAAGAGAUGGAAGGUCAGCCAUCUUCCUCGGGCUCGAAUGCACAGAACCGAAGUGGAAACACCAUUGAUCCAGGGAAAAGUAGACCAAUCAGGAGUAAAUCUACACCAGUGAAACAAGAUCACUCUCCUGAUGGACCACUUACAAAUGGUGAUGGCAGAGAACCUCGGACAGGAGUCAAGAGGAAGUUAAGUGCAUCAGAAGAUGAUGAGCAUCUGGAGGAGGCAGAGGAAGAGGAAAAGAAGAGAGAACUAAAGGAAAAAUCUGGUUUAUCUUCAUCAGAAAGUGGGGAGUCAGGAUCCAGUUCAAGUUCUGAAAGCAGAAGCGGCUCUGAUUCAGACUCUGAAUCAACAUCUAGAACAGAUCAGGAUUACAUUGAUGGAGACCAUGACUACAGCAAAGUUGUGCAAUCCAAAAAACCCAAAAGAAAAAUCAAAAGAAAAAUCACCGCUGGGAAACGGAAUUGGCAGGGCAGAGGUACAGGGAGGAGAGGUAGAUGGGGGAGGUGGGGGAGAUGGAGUAGAGGGGGAAGAGGUGGUAGAGGCGGAAGGGGCUGUGGCAGAGGAAGAGGUGGCGGCAGGGGAGGAAGAAGAGGCCGAGGAGGCCGAGGAGCCUCGCGAGGAGCUACCAGAGCCAAACGUGCCCGAAUUACAGAUGAUGAAUUUGAAAAUCUGUUUGGAGGACAGUUUGGUGAAAAUGUGUUUGGAGGGCGAUUCAGUAGACCGCCUCGGAUCAAAACAAGGAACGAGGGCAGGAGAACUGUCUUGUACAAUGACGAUUCUGAUAAUGACAAUUUUGUGCACACCGAGGAUCCUUUGAACCUUGGUACUUCCAGGUCAGGCAGGGUGCGGAAAAUGACAGAAAAAGCCAGGGUCAGCCAUCUCAUGGGAUGGAAUUAUUGA